GAUUCGGGGGUGACUGGCGUCGGCGAGUCCUGCAGCUCAUACAGGCGCUUCGCUGUGGACCCUGUCCCACAUGUCAGUGGUCUGGCGGUUGGACACUUCCAUGUGGGCUCCGCAUGUCGGUGAGAUUUCGGGUUGUAUAGAGUGCCAACUCCAGCAGCUGAAUCGAUCCCCGAAUACCCUAGUGACGGCGGCGGAGAUGGACGACCGAGGCGGCGGCGGGGACGCCAAGAGGUGGCCGUGGUGGGCUGCGGCGAGCGCGGCACAGGCCGCGGCCGGGCUCGCGUGGUUCCGACGGGGCAGGAGCGGAACGGCAGUGGCGAUGCCGUUCAAGGCAUUCGGCAUCGCCUCCCUCAUCGUCGGCUCCGGCGCCACCGCCGUCGCCGCUGGGGUGCUUGCCGCGGGCGUCGGAUCGGUGGAGGAGAUGAAGGGCGUGGGCGCGAGCAUCCGGCGGUGGAUGGGAGCUCCUCCUCGCCGAGCGGGAGGUAGUGACUAACCCUCGCACUGCAACUGUGGUCUGUCUGAACCUCUGAGGAUUUCUCAGCUCUGGUAGGAAACUACAGAAUGAGUGCUGUAGUGUGGGCUGCUUCACGUUUCAGAGCUAUGAGAGAGUGUCAUUCUGAAUUCAUAGCCAGAAUGCAGGGCAGUAAUAAGAUUACUGUUGUAACCUGUAUUGUAUCACAAGCUUUUGAUCCCUCAAAAUUUAUUUCCACAGAGCACAUACUCCGAAGUUACUUUG